UCGCAUACUGCAGUUUUUAGCAGCUGGAACACAUACCAGAGCGGCAGAGCGUGUCUCUUGGUGGCCUCUUGGGUUUAUUUUUGUUGUUUGUCCAAUCUAGCAACCGAUCUGGUGAUUUGAAGGCUUCUAGCGCUUGAGAAGCUGCGAUGGGCAUCGUCGACGUUGUCUCCGAGUUCUGCUCCUUGCCGAGGACUCGCCGGCACCUCAAGAAGAGGAAGCAGUUCCAGACGGUGGAGAUGAAGGUGAGGAUCGACUGUGAAGGCUGCGAGAGGAAGGUGAAGAAGGCCCUCGAGGACAUGAAGGGCGUGAGCUCCGUGGAGGUGGUGCCGAAGCAGAACAAGGUGACGGUGACGGGACACGUGGACGCGGCGAAGGUGAUGCGGCGCGUGGCGUACAAGACGGGCAAGCGGGUGGAGCCGUGGCCGUACGUGCCGUACGAGAUGGUGGCGCACCCCUACGCCGCCGGCGCCUACGACAAGAAGGCACCGGCCGGGUAUGUGCGCAACGUCGUCGCCGACCCCACCGCCGCGCCGCUCGCCCGCGCUUCCUCCACCGAGGUUAGGUACACCGCCGCCUUCAGCGACGAGAAUCCCAACGCCUGCUCCGUCAUGUAGCUAGCUGCUCGGGUUGGAGCUGGCCGGCCGUGCUUGGUGGCCGGUGUCAUGUGGAGUGUGGCCAGGACCUGUAGGGGGGGCGUCUUCCGCUCUUGCCUCUUCGGAGUAGGAGUACUCGUUCCUGUUUCUUUAGGUAGUCGUUGCCUUGUUGGUGUUGGGACUUUCGUUUUUUGUUUUUCCCCUUUUUCUAGCUCUUAUGUUCCGAUUUGAUGUAAAAGAUGUUUUUGAUUUGGUGAGGAGGAAUCUUCAAUAGUAGUAGUAUUGUGUAAAGCUGCAAA